AUGUCCGGUCAUUUCGAUGGAUUCGUCCCCGUGCAUGGUAUAUUCUAUUCAGUGUUCCACCCUACGGAAGGUACCAAGGUCAGGCACCAAUUUCCUUCGGGGUGCUUGGAACUUAGCGAUAUUACAUUUGAUACCAUCAAGAAUUAUGUGAUACCUAAACCUCAGCUCUGCAACAAACUUCUAACAUUUAAAUAUGGGCCUUUCAGGCUCGUCUGCUAUCCUGUUAACGUUGUUGCUCCUUAUUAUGCGAGGAAUUCAUUCAGUUUCGAUUUCGUGUUUGUGUUCCCCUAUGACUGUGCUACUUCGCCAUAUGAGCCAGCAAUCGAAAGACUUGGUAAAAUGUUUACAGUGCUAGAAGAGCAGUCUCAAAUACUGUCGAAAGCCGAGAACAGCAGCGUCUAUUUUCAGCUAAAGGCGAGAAACACGCAGAAACACGGUAAUACUGAGACUGCAAAGGGUACUGAACAACCAAGCAGCUUAGAUAUUGGAGAGAUAGCUCAGCCUGAAAACCAAGGUUACGCUUCAGCAAAGUAUUACGAGAUCCUCAAAGAUUUGGAAGGACCUAGUAAAAAGAUCGCUAUAGGGGACUUAAUUACUAAAAUUUACCGAGAUUUGAAUGAUUAUUCCGAGUGCCUGAUACCCAUAGACUCAGGAAAUGCUGUUGAUAUUAAGCUUUUCCCAUUACUAUCUCCUCCAAGCUCGUGCUUCUCUAUUGAAGAUGUUCCCAUAUCUACUGUGAACUUAGCAAAACUAAUUGAUGUAAAUUGGGACCCUACAAUGUUAAAAAUAGUCCCCCACAUUAACGGUAUCAACAGCAUAGCUAAAGUCGCGAAAUUUAGUGAUAGCGACGUAAACUUGGUGGUUGAAUGCAUAAAGCACUUGAUAUACUACAAUUGCGUUAUCCUCACAGAUAUUUUUCAAUUCAGUAACAUUUAUGCCUCAACAAAUGAGUUAAGCCGCUUUUUGACAGAACCAACACUAGCUGCGGAAUGCCAAAUAUAUGUAGCCUACAAUGAAUCUGCACACCUUCCAAAUCUUCCUUUCGAAAGAGGGCCAUCAAGGUCAGGACAGGGGAAUAUCAGGGACCGCAGCUCUAAUGGCACACUCGAUAUCCUGAGAAAGGGAAAACAGACGCCAUUAAGAGAGAACUCUUUUAACUCAGGAAUGGAUUUUCUUUCAAAUAAACAUCAACAUACACCCCAGUCGCGAUCAUCCUCUAUUCCUUAUCACAAUACUUCCGAUGCAAGUUUUGGAAAUUCAGAUGCGGGUCUCAAAGGCAAGUUGAUGCCGUUCACUUCGAAAUCAUGCUUAUUCGAUUUAUACAGAUCGCUUACACAAGGCCAAACUAUAAGAGAAUGGUACAAAACGCACUUCGAAAAGAUUCGGGCUGCCAGAAUCGAUGUGAGGCGUUUUAUAACUUUUGGUGUUUUGCAUGGAUUGAUUUAUCGCUCUUACUCGUAUCCAGUAUUGAGAAACAUCGGUUUCGCGGAAUCAGUUGAAGCUCUCGGGGCCACUAACCAUAGCAGGUACGCUAAGUACAAGCAUCUCCUGAAAACAAAUCAGCCCUUGAACAAUGUACUUUCAGCAGCUGAUAUUAGAAUUGGGCUUGAAAAUGCUGGUUUUAAAGCGAGAAGCGAAAAACUCAAGCAACAUUCAACAGCAGACGCCGCAGAAGAGGUACUAAGCGAUGUAUACCGAAAGCUCGCGCUCAGCGACAAAAAAACAGAUCAUGUCGCACAGGGCAACAACCCCAUUUCAAAAGUGUUUGGCAGAAAUUCGGAGGACUCUACGGACAUAUCAACAAGAGAAAGCGCGAAUUCAAUGGGCUCUGACAUCAAAAACAAAGUUGCUUUUGAUGUCAGAAAAACCCUUGCAACUAGUUCAGCAGACGAGAGGAGAAGAAGCGAGAUUUUGCGCUCAAUCGAGGAAAAGAGAAAUGAAGAACUCAUUUUACUAAAGUCAGUUCGAAGCGUCCACAAUUUCGACAAAAUUUGUACGCUCUUAGGAAAAGAUAGAGAGAGGGUCGAGAGUAUGUUAAGCGAACUUGGCCCUUAUAAUGUUCUACAUAGUUAA